GUGUGUUUUUGUUCAUUUUUUAUUUACCUAUUUUGAUAAAUUUAAUUUUCUAAAUAAUUUAAUGGUUGUGCUGAACCAAAACUAAAGAAUAAGUUCAUAAUUUUAAACCGACUUUCUUUUAUAUACAUUGACUACUACAAUGCAUUCAGACCUUCAUGUAUCGCCAGACAUUUAUAGGAAAAACUUUCCAAACUUUGGGCGCCCAAAAAUAGUUGGGUUUAUGAGUUUAGAUAGUGAAAGAAAUUAUCAUGCCGAUACAAGGCAACUUAUGUUUGCUAGAGACAUAGAAGAUAAAUCGGUAAAUUUUGAUUUAAAUUUGCAUAUGGACAAAGUUAAACACCAACCUCCUAACCUCAAUGAGAGGAUUACUCAUUUACUACAGUUUUUGUCAGAUCAAGAAAAGAGAUUGAAUUACAGCAACAUCAAUAUUGAUUCUGCUAAGUUCUUCUGUUAUAGAGGACUUUUAACAUGCGUAGCGUGUACCCCAUAUGAGAAUCGCGAGCCUUGGAGGAUUGUUGCUACUCUAUUUAAGGGCAACAUUUACCUAUGUGCCAGAGAUACACAAGAUAAAAUUGAUAGAUUGCGAAAUAUGACCGAGCGGGAUAAGAUGUUUACUUCAUGGGGAUAUAAGUUUGAGCAGUUUGUUUUGUCAGAUGAUCCAGAUUCCCAGCCAAAUCCUAACUGUGGUGUGGAUGAGAAUGAGGAGUUUUCACUUGUUUUUGAAACUAAUUUGAACAGGCACACCAUAGUCUAUGGUGCUGAGAUGGAUGGAAUCAGAUGUGACAGGGGACCAGUGACUGCACCACCAUCCACUGAACUAGGACCUGAUGCUAUCAUAGAAUACCUCUCCAAUAAACAUUUUAUAGAACUCAAAACUAACAGGCAUAUAGAAUUUCCUAAUCAAGAUAAUAAUUUUAGGCGUUUCAAAACCAAGAAGUGGUGGUGUCAGUCGUUUCUGGCGGGAGUGGACACCAUUGUGGCCGGCUUCAGGAAUGAUGAAGGCAUUGUGGAGCAGCUCAAAUUGUACCCAGUGAAGGACAUAGCAAAAAUGUCACAGAGAUUCUGGCAGCCAAAUGUGUGCAUGAACUUUUUGGAAACUUUUCUAACUUAUGUAAAGAGAUGUCUUGCCAAGGAGGUGAGCAACAAGUUUGGUAAAAAGGCCCUGAACAAUCUCCAGAACUUGCCACUCAUAAGUCUGCACUUUGAAUGGAGUCCCAGAACGCCAGUGAGGGUCACUGAUGCCUACUGCUAUGAGGACGACCCCAUAUUGCCACAGUGGUUUGUUGAUAGGUACCAAAAAACGUAUGCAGACAGCUAGCGGUUGUGUAUAGCUUGUGAUGUAUUUUUGUAAGUAGUUGGAGUUUUAUUGAGAUAAUGUUAAAUUCAUUUGUUAAAUUCAUAUUAAAGAAUCAUGAAAUUAAAAAUACUUACCU